AUGUACCUGGUCAUGGUCUUAAGGAACCUGCUCAUCAUCCUGGCCAUCAGUCGAGACCCCAGCUUCCACAACCCCAUGUACUUCUUGCUCUCUGACCUGUCCUUGGUCGACAUCUGCUUCAUCUCCACCACCGUCCCCAAAUAUUAUAGAACAUCCAGACAAAAAGCCAAGCCAUCUCCUACAAGGGCUGCAUUACCUAGAAGCAUUUUCUCAUUAUCUAGCCAUACUGGACAACCUCCUCUGGCCGUGAGGGCUGAUGACCACCUUGGGGUCAUCUACCAUACCCUGCAUUACACAGUCAUCAUGAACACCAGCUCUAAAAACAAACAAGGUGACGAGGAGGGGGCUCACAGAACGAUCUGGAGCCAUGAAGCUGCUGGGUCUUUCUCGAGAUUUUAUCCUCUCAAAGUUGCUCCUACAGUGAAGCCCGCGGCUGCGCCCCCCGGAGUGGCUCUGCAUCCUCAGGAUCUCGAGUUUAGCAAGUUACCAAAUGGCCUUGUCAUUGCUUCCAUGGAAAAUUACGCUCCUACGUCAAGGAUUGGCGUGUUCAUUAAAGCAGGCAGUCGCUAUGAAGAUGCCAACAUUUUGGGAACCUCUCAUUUGCUUCACAUUGCCUCCAGUUUGACAACAAAAGGAGCUUCUUCUUUCAAGAUAACUCGUAGAAUUGAGGCAGUUGGUGGUAAAUUAAGCGUGAACGCGACGAGGGAGAGCAUGGCGUACACGGUGGAGUGUCUGUGGGACGACGUUGACAUUCUCAUGGAGUUCCUGCUCAAUGUCACCACCGCACCGUUUUGCCCUUGGGAAGUCGUAGCCCUGCAGUCCCAGAUGAAGGUUGACAAAGAUGUGGCUUUUCAGAACCCCCAGGCUCAAGUCAUUGAAAAUCUGCAUGCUGCUGCCUACAAAAAUACCUUGGCUAAUUCCUUGUACUGUCCUGAUUAUAGGAUUGGGAAAGUGAAGUCAGAGAAGUUACAUUUCUUAGUUCAGAACCACUUCACAAGUGCAAGAAUGGCUUUGAUUGGACUCGGUGGGAGUCAUCCAGUUCUGAAGCAAGUUGCCGAGCAGUUUCUCAACAUGAGGGGAGGGCUUGGUCUCUCUGGUGCCAAGAGUCAGUACCGUGGAGGUGAAAUUCAGAAACAGAACGGAGACAGUCUUGUCCAUGCUGCCCUUGUCGCAGAGAACGCAGCCAUCGGAAGCACGGAAGCCAAUGCCUUCAGUGUCCUCCAGCAUGUCCUGGGGGCCAGACCCCAUGUCAAGAGAGGCGGCAAUGCCAGCAGCACUCUGUACCAAGCUGUUGCCAAGGGAGUGAACCAACCAUUUGACGUUUCUGCUUUCAAUGCCAGCUACACUGACUCGGGGCUCUUUGGGAUUUACACCAUCUCCCAGGCAGCAGCUGCUGGAGACGACAUCAAGGCCGCCUAUAACCAAGUCAAAUCCGUCGCUCAAGGAGGCCUUUCCAGCACAGACGUCCAGGCUGUCAAGAACAAGCUUAAAGCUGGGUACUUAAUGUCAGUGGAGUCAUCAGAAGGCUUCCUGGAUGAAAUCGGGUCCCAGGCUCUAGUCUCUGGUUCAUAUGUGCCACCAACCACCGUCCUUCAGAUUGACUCGGUCACCGAUGCUGAUAUCACCAAGGCUGCAAAGAAGUUUGUUUCUGGCCGGAAGUCAAUGGCAGCAAGUGGCAAUUUGGGGCAUACACCGGGCCACCAGGGAAACGACCUGCACCUGUUCAACAAGGAAGCCCCCGGCUUCAGACAGGACAGCCCGACCAGAAUGGCACACAAACAGCUGCUCAUCGACAUGCCUCCUGAGGUGCUGGCAGAGGAUUUUGAGGUGACUGAAGACUCUGCCACACUCCCCGAGGGUGAGAGGCUGGGUCGCCUUGUGAGUCUGGUGGUGGUCUCUGAAGUAGGAAUGAUUGUGUGA